UUAAACUUUGUUAAAUGAAAGUUUGGGGAAAAAGGGGAGUUUUUGAGAGCAGACUGAUUCCACUUCCACCAAAAAAACCGUGUGAAUCAGUUUAGUUUGCUGCAAAGUUCUUCAGAUUUUUCCUCUUCUCCCCAUAAACUCUCUUCUUUGAGUUUGACCAUCGUCUCUCUCUCUUUCUCUCUCUCUUUCUACACAUUUCUAGGUUUCAGUUUUCCCCCACUUCCCCUUCUUCUAAAUUCCUUCCUUUCUUCUUCCCUUUGAUUUUGUCUACACUUCAUGGCCAAUUUCACUUCUUCUUCUUCUCCUUCUCCUUCUUCUGUCUCUUUGAAUCCCAAUGCUGUUUCAGCUUCUGCUGCUGCUGCUGCUUCUGAUGAUGAUUUUGAUGAUGCUUGCUGUAUUUGUCUCGACCCAUUUACCUCCGAUGAUCCUGCCACUAUUACCAGUUGCAAGCAUGAAUAUCAUCUCCAAUGUAUUCUUGAUUGGUCUCAAAGAAGCGAUGAGUGCCCAAUCUGUUGCCAGUUGUUAGCGUUGAAGGACCCUGUUGGUCAGGAGCUUCUGGCAGCUAUGGCUAGUGAAAGGCUUUUGAAGUCGAGAAGCUUGUCUUCUGCUGCAUCUACUUCUUUGCGUUUCCACGAAAACUUUGAUUUUGAUCACGACUCUGUGCACUCGGAUGACUCCGACUUUGAUGACCUGAUUAUGCAGCAUCUUGCUGCUGCAGCUAGCAGAGCUCGGUAUGUUCAUAGAAGGGAGAGGCAAAGACAUUUUGGAGUUGGGCCUUCACAAGUUGCCUCUGCGUGUCCAGAGGUUCCAAUGUCUCCACGAUUUCAAGAUGCAACUCUAACUUCACCUAAUAGUGAUUCACCAUCUCCUGGUUCUCCAAUGCCAUCGGUUGGCCAAACUGGAAUUAAUAAAAUCUCCCCUAGUGUAAUUUUACUGCCCGAUACACCGUCAGGUAGUCAACAGAAAACAAACCAAUCCGAGGGGCUCUCUUUCCAAGAUUCCAUCAAAUCCAAAUGGUCUGCCACUUCUGCAAAGUACAAGGAGUCAAUCUUGCGAAGCACUCAAGGUAUUAAGGAGAAACUGCUUGCCCGUAACAGCUCCGUCAAGGAGCUAAGCAAGGGAGUAAAGCGUGAAGUCAGUGCUGGGAUUGCUGGCGUUGCUCGAAUGAUCGAUCGCCUAGAUUUGACUUCGAAAAGGAAUACUGGUUCCGUUUCCUUCUUCAGCUGUGGGGGUACAUCAAACUCCUUGAAAGGAAAGAACGUAGUGCAAGAGAGUGCUGGCACUGAUGGUUCAGUUAAAAUUAAUAGAAUAUGUACUGGUUCACCUUCACAAGUUUCCCCAACCGUUCCAGGCUCCGUCGAAGUUUCUUUAGCUCAGAGAGGAGAUUGAAGUUUGGAUGUUAGGAUUGGACUCAUCUAGUUGAACAUCUUAUCAACUCAACUCAGCAGAAUGCACACUGCGGCAAGCGACGUGUUACAACUUAGCCAACAUCCUUGUUGGUUUGCGUCCUGCAUUUUCUUCUUUCUAUAAAUCUACUAAUCAAAAAGAUGUAAUUCGAUACAUAUAUAAAUAUAUUUUAUUUAAUGAUGAUCUGCUUCCAUGAUA